AUGGCCAUGAAAGCUGGAAAGUGUACGGUCUGUCCAGGAAAGUGUGCUUGGAAUGUGCACUUUAAUCAACAAUACAAAUGGACUUAUGUCACAGAAAAGAGACAGGGAACCUAUCAGGAUUUAAAGAAGCGAUUUGAGGCUGCACAUGGACAGGUCAUGUCAAAAGAAAAGAUCUUUGAAGAACUUGAAAAUGAGCUUAGGGUUUUUCAGGGUAUUCUCGCUGGAUUAAUUGAAAAAUCUCAAAAGUCCUUGGAGCGGCUGCAAGAAAUUGCCCUCAAGCCCAAUCCUCUGUCCAUCCCUGACUACAUUGAUCUGAUGAUUGAGUCUGAGAAACAAGAAGCCAAGCCUGGAUUUCAAGAUCGCAUUCAGUCUUUAAUGGAAGUCAGGAAGAAGGCAGAGAUCCUCAGUAAGGUUUCCACAGGAGAAGUGCUUCCAGAGGAUUGGAGAGCAUAUACAUCCCAGAAAGAUGAAACUUUUGAGCAAAGCACCUUCUGCAGGAUGCAGGAAGGUGUGUCUCCUAACAUACUGCAGGAGGUGAUGAUACCAGUUGUGAGCAACAGUGACUGUGAUGAUGCUUAUGACUUUCUUAAAAUCACAAGCAAUAUGAUUUGUGCUGGAUUGCUAAAUGAGGGAGGAAAAGAUUCAUGUCAGGGAGACUCUGGAGGUCCAUUGGUUACUAGGAAUGGCUCUCUGUGGAUUAAGUCCGGCGUUGUGAGUUUUGGUAUUAAAUGUGCUGACCCCAAAUAUCCCGGUGUGUACGCCAGAGUCUCUCAGUACCAGGACUGGAUCACCUCUACCAUAGGCAGCAACCCACCUGGAUUUGUCAAAUUCAACAACAAUGGAUUCAGAAUCUCACCCAACCUCCUUUUAGUUUCAGUUUCUCUCACAUCCUCCAUCAUUCCUUUCAUAUGCUCCCUAUAUCUCUCUUCGUAG